GCGCCGCCCCUAAGCCGAGGGGUGGAGGAAGAGGAGGAGGAAGAGCCGGGACUACGUUUCCCGCCGGCCCCAGGGCGGCGGGGCGGGGUAUAAAGCGGCGCUACCUGGCCGGCAGGCUCGGGCUGCGGGAUGCCGUUCUCCAGCUCCAGCACGGACGAUGCCUUCGAUUACCUCUUCAAAAUCAUCCUGAUCGGGGAUUCCAACGUGGGGAAGACGUGCGUGGUGCACCGUUUCAAGACGGGGCAGUUCUACGAGAAGCAGCAGAACACCAUCGGAGUGGACUUCACCGUGCGCUCGAUGGACAUCGACGGCAAGAAAGUGAAGAUCCAAGUGUGGGACACAGCUGGUCAAGAGCGCUUCCGGACAAUAACCCAGUCCUAUUACAGGAGUGCCCAUGGAGCCAUCCUUGCCUAUGACCUUACUAGGAGGUCCACAUUUGAGUCUAUUCCUCACUGGAUUCAUGAAGUUGAAAAGUAUGGUGCUGCAAACUUGGUCAUGAUGUUAAUUGGGAACAAAUCGGACUCAGUGGAUAAGCGACAAGUCCUGUUUGAGGAUGCCUGCACGCUGGCUGAGAAGCACGGGCUCCUAGCUGUGUUGGAGACAUCAGCAAAAGAAGCUCAAAACAUUGAAGAGGUGUUUGUGUUGAUGGCUAAGGAGCUGAUAGCCCGAAAUACCUUGCAGCUUCACGGAGAGAGUCCUCCAAACAGUGUCUACCUUGAUUCCAGGCCAGUGAUUGCCAGUCCAAGUGCAGAGAAGACCCAGUGCCUUUGUUGAAUGCUCUUUUCAGGAACAAAAAAUUGGAAGUUGUCAUUUUUCUGAGGCUAUGUUUGAUCUCAGUUUAAUUCGGAUGAUGAAAGUUUGCUACAUGGCCUCAAGCCACCUCUCAUAUUUCUACCUUGCAGUUUGGUGUGUAAAUAUCCUCAGAGAUCACUGUUGCUGUUGGCAGCACAGGUUGCUUUGAGCAUAGCAACUGAUACCUUAACGUGAACUGGUAAGCUGAGAGAGCUCAGGAAGCUGUCAGCCUUAACCAAAGAGAACUGUUUAAAAAAAAAAAAAUUACCUUUAACUAUAUCUUUAAGACAUUUUUCUGGCUAUGUCAGGAGAUAAAUUUGCACUAGAGCUUGCAUUGAGUUGAUUCUUCUGAGAUGUGCCGUCUGUUGUAGUGCAAGCACUUCAGCUUAAAAUGUCUGAUGUACUUGGACAGCACUAACCCACUUCUGCCUUACCUGUCACUUAGAGGAGGGCCUGAUGUAAGGCACAGAGCCUCCCGUGCCUAGCUAUUAAAUACCAACAUUUGUAAGACGGUGCAAUUUCACAACUGUACUAUUUUCUCACUUGGCAAACCUGGAGUCAUCCUUGAUGCUUCAAAGCAGGCAGAAUAUGGUAUGCUAGGGUCCCAAUCUUCUCCUGGGAGUGAGAACUCUUGUCUUUCAUUUUGUUCUUGAAUUAUAAGAAUUGUAACUAGUAGUGAGCUGUCUUGUUACAGUUAUUAGAAGCACUGAAGCUUCCAAGGCCACAACAGCUUUCAUUAAUGCUGGGGUGAAAGGACUACUUUGUUUUCCUAAGCCUGCCUUGCUUUUGAUGUACUGAUUUUAAUCAAAAGCUGACUGUUAGUUUGUGUGAAAGUGCAAUGGUAGAGUGUGCCUGGAGACUUUCAAAGGCAUGUGAAAGAAGGGAUUCAAGUCUGUGUAAAAUAGCAACAAGGGGUAUGGUUUAAUAAUGCAACCUCACCUUAGAGCAGUUAAGGGAUGGGUGUUGGGCAUACAAGUAUGUAUGCUAUUGCCUGGGAGACAUAAUGAAACAUCUUGGUAAGCAGUGGAAGAUUUUGUCUCAUCCCUCCCAAGUGCAAGCAGUGCUACUGGAGAACUCAAUUCUAUGCACAGGAACUGAAAGCAGGUGGGGGGGGGUUGUUAACUUUUUCAGUAGAUAUGAACAGUGGAGGAGAAGGGGGGGGGAAGAAAUAAUGCACAGGAGAAGCCUUCAGAUGACACAGUCCACAUGUACUGAAGUGUAUCACUGAAGCUGUUAAUGUUUAAGCUAUGAAGCAGAAAUUAUACUCUGUAAUGAUAAAAUACAGUCUGGGUUAUAUGGAAAGAAGCCCUGGGAGGGUUGGCAAGCUGCCACUUCAUGAGAUGGCACUUUACCUAUGAUGUUUCACAAGUUCCUGAAAAGUGGAGAAAAAGAUGUAGCAAAUCCUUCUGUAAAAGCUUGUCUGAAAAGCACAAAAUAGAGUAAAUCAUUGCUUUAGUUUUGAACAUAAUUUUCUUAUUGUUUGCUCUAGCCAGGCUCUUUGCUAGUACACACUAAGAACAGUGGUUAAUUCAGCUGCCUGUAAACACAGCAGAAAACUGCACAGCUCAGGCUUGCAAUUGAGCUGUUGUGCUUUAUUCUGCACU